AUGUCUCAACCGCAAAGAAAAGCUGUGAUAGAUUUGUACAGAACGUUGCUGCACUUAGGCAGAGAUUGGCCCCAGGGAUAUAACUUCUUCAGGCAGCGAUUGCAUAAAGUGUUCUUAAAAAACAGUGAAGAAAAAGAUCCGAAAAAAGUUGAAACUAUGAUUAAACACGGAGAAUAUGUUGUGAAGGAGAUCGAAGCAUUGUAUAAGUUAAAAAAAUAUAGGACAUUAAAACGAAGAUAUUAUGAUGAUUGA